GAUGGCGCUAAAUUCAAUAUGGCAGCGCGCAGUGUUCUCAUAUAAAAGCGUUUUUCAUUGCUCUCAUUCAACGCCGUGCUCAAAUACUAGUUAUUGGUGCACUUACACGAGACGUCAUGAAAAGUAUCGGUGCACUAUCUCAUUCAAAGACAUAUCACGCCGCACUUCUCUUUGCUUUUCAUUGUCGCUAACACAUUAUUGCAAAUGUCUUCGGAAGAACUGCAACAGGAAGAAGUGGAAGUUUUGCAGUCAAUAUACGAUGGCGACGAGAAUUUUAAACAGAUAUCCUCCACGGUGUUUCAAUACAAAGUUGGGGAUGCAGAAGGUCAGAAAUCUUUCCUUCUGGAAAUCUCAUGGCCGGAAAAAUAUCCCAAUGUCAGGCCACAGUUCAACGUGGACACAUUCUAUAACAAGCAUUUGACACUUGAAGUCAAACAAGCAAUCUCGGUUGCACUUUCUGAACAGGCCGAGCUUGAAUUGGGCACCCCCAUGACCUACACGCUAUUUGAAUGGGCAAAGGAGAAUGCUGAACAGCUGAUGGAAAAACAACCCGAACAGAGCCAGGCCCCCAUUGAGCCCUGUACAGAGGAAAUGUUACCGGAAACAUCUCCCAAGAAACAACCGAAGCAACCCAAGCUUAGCAAAAGCCAAAAACGGAAACUGGCUGGGAGAGUUCUGCCGACUGGAGAACUUCCUCGCGGCUACGACUGGGUAGACGUUGUCAAACAUCUCUCGCAGACUGGCUCUGCCAGCGCCACUUGAAAAUACAAACUUAAAAAAAUGUGUAACAAGUUACGCAUUGACGAGGAGGAGACGACAAUUUUCUAUCGUGCAAGAAGUGGUGACUGAAACGUAGGUGUAAAUAAAAGUGUAGCAUUCUA